ACAAAGUCAAUGUCAAAGGGUAAAAUAAAACGAAAGAUUGAGGUUAUGAUUUAGAAAUCAUUCGAUGUAAAUAAAAAAAAUUAAAAUAAGAGAAAGGAAUUAGCUGACUUAUUUGAAAUGGUAUUUUUGAGCAUUGUAAAUUUCGUAAGAUGUCGGGGGCCAGAUGAAUUUUGGAGAAAAAGGAAGAUAUUCAGGUUAGCAGCGCAUUAUGUUGGACGUCGCCGAAAUUGUUAUUCUGUAGCUGUACGAAAUGUUCAUCGUGCCUUGGUAUACGCUACAAAAGCGCGCCAGUUGAAAAAACAAGAUAUGAAAGCUUUAUGGGAUACACGAAUAACGGCAGCUUGCGAACAACAUAAUAUAACAGAAUUUUCUUUGAGAGAAGGCCUGGACCGUGCCAAUGUGAUGCUUGAUCGUAAAUCUUUGUCUGAUUUAGCUUCAUGGGAACCAAAAACAUUUGAAUGCCUUGCUGCAGUUGCAAAGGAAAAACUACGGCUUGAUGGAACUGUUGAUAAUAUGGAUAGAAGGGAACCAACUGGAGUAGAUUUAAACCUUCAAGAUGUAAUGUUGGAAGCUUGGUUAAAAGAAAGAAAGUAGAUUGUUAACAUUUUAUUAGUCUUAGUUAUAAGAAUAAAUAGUAAUUAGCUAAA